AUGGCAGCGCCACCCGGCAGUGGACCGCCGCCUGGUCUCCCUCCAGCGCGCGGCCCGCCGCCAGUGGAUUCGCAGGCACGGCGCCACCCGGACUUGGAGGGCCUCCUCCUGUUGGCCGAGGACCACCUCCCGGACCACCGCGAGGGACGGGACCACCCGGAAGCUUUCCAGGAGGAACUCCGCCACCAGGACCACCUGGACGAGGACCGCCUCCGGGAGCCCCACCUGGUCGAGGGCCGCCACCGGGAGCGCCGCCUGGACGAGGACCGCCGCCCGGAGCCCCACCUGGACGAGGACCGCCGCCCGGAGCUCCACCUGGACGAGGUCCUCCACCAGGUGCUCCUCCUGGUCGAGGGCCGCCACCGGGAGCGCCCCCAGGACGAGGUCCACCGCCUGGAGCCCCACCUGGACGAGGACCUCCACCUGGUGCACCCCCUGGAGGCCCUCCGGGCGGACCACCGCGAGGACCUCCGCCUGGUGCACCCCCUGGAGGCCCUCCGGGUGGACCACCGCGAGGUCCACCGCCUGGGGCUCCUCCUGGAGGUGUUCCAGGAGGGCCACCCCGAGGUCCGCCACCAGGUGGCCCGCCGGGAGGACCACCGCGAGGACCACCGUCUGGCGGACCGCCCGGUGCCCCGCCACGAGGCCCCCCUCCAGGGAUGCCCCCCGGAGGUCCACCCGGCGCUCCCCCACGAGGCCCGCCGCCAGGAAUGCCACCCGGCGGCCCACCUGGUGGCCCACCCAGAGGUCCGCCAGGCGCUCCACCUCCUGGAAUGCCGCCAGGCCGAGGCCCUCCCGGCAUGCCCCCUGGCGGCCCCCCACGAGGCCCCCCAGGCAUGCCUCCGAGAGGCCCACCAGGUGCCCCGCCCCCAGGAAUACCGCCCCGUGGACCGCCAGGUAAAGUUCGGGAUGCCUCCUGGCAUGAUGCCGAGAGGGCCACCAGGAAUGCCGCCUCGAGGGCCGCCUGGCAUGAGGCCUCCAGGGAUGCCCGGAGGUGGUCCACCCGGAGGGGUCCCACCUGGCGCAGUGCCGCGGUUUGGGAAGCUUUCCGUCAAGUUGCUCAAGGGGUUGGAGCUCAAGAGCUUGGGCACGUUGCAAACCGCCGACCCGUAUUGUAAGGUCACAGUCGGCACCCAGACCUUCCAGACCAAGGUGCACGAGAAGGGCGGGAAGACCCCAACGUGGAACGAAACGUUUGAGUUUAGCAUCUCGACCGAGAAGGAGCUGAUCAUGGAGGUGUACGACAAGGAGCAAAAUGGCAAUGACCGGUUCAUGGGCCAAACCCGCGUCGACUUGAUUGCGUGGAUUGCAAAAGGCGGAUUCGAAGGCGACAUAUCCAUAAAAGACGAGCAAAACCAAGACGCGGGGAAGGUCGCCGCCGUCGUCAAGUUCACAAAGCCCGUCGUGGGGCCCGCGGGUCCCGUCAAAGCGCCCCCGCAAAUCAUUCCAGGGGCGGUUGCUCCGCCGCAAGGGGCGGGGGCACCCCCCGCCGCCCCCGCAGAGCCUCCUCGCGACCCGAACGGCAAAUUCAGCGACAGCGAAAUCCUCGAAGCGUUCAAGGCAUUCGACCUGGACCACAACAAUUACGUUGGGGCGGCCGAGAUUCGCCACGUUCUGAUUAACAUUGGCGAAAGCCCGACGGACGAAGAAGUCGACGAAAUGAUCCGCAUGGUCGACAUCGACGGCGAUGGGCAAGUCUCGUUCGAUGAAUUCUACAAAAUGGUCACGGGGGGCAAGGAACCCCCGGCAGGGUUGUUCUCGCCGGCGGCCGGGGACGACCCCGCGGCGACGUCGGCCGUCUCGGGUGCCGCCUCGUCGAUCCAACUCCGUAACGAGCGCAAGAACACGCUGGAAGAGUUCUCCCAGGACAACAACAUCAAGCCCGAAUCGGUCAAGAAAGCUUUCAAGCGGUUCCAAGCCACCGACAAGGAUGGGUCGGGCCAAAUCGACUACACCGAGUUUUGCGAGAUCAUGCUGGUGGACCCGUCGCCGCAGUGCGAGAAGCUGUUUGGGCUGUUCGACAACGACAAGGUUGGGCGCAUCGACGUGCGCGAGUUUUUGAUUGCGCUGUCCAACUUUUGCGGCGCCGAGAAGGAGGAGAAGCUCAAGUUUGCGUUCAUGGUGUUCGAUGACGACGGAAACGGCGUCCUGUCCAAGAUGGAGCUCAUGAAGAUCCUCAAGGCCAACCACAUGGCAUCCAACGAAUCCGAGGUGUCCCGAAAAGCCGACACGAUCAUGUCCCAAGGCGACAAGGACGGCGACGGCGUCAUUACGUUCGAUGAAUUCGCCGUCGUGAGCAAGAAGUUCCCCAACAUCCUUUUCCCCGCGUACACGUUGACCCAGCAAGCGGAUCCAAAAUAA